AUGGCUUUAGAUGACGGCAUAAUGGAGAAGAUGAGGAUAGAUUUGGCAGAGUUACUUCAUGUUGUAGGAAGGGGAAAAGAAGGUCGAGAAAUGUUGGAGGAAUGCUUGUUGAUUGCUGAGAAGCAUAAAGGAAAAGAGCAUCCCAGCUCAGUGACACACCUUCUGAAUCUUGCAGCCUCCUAUUCACGCUCAAAGAAUUUUGUGGAGGCUGAACGCUUGCUGAGGACUAGUUUGGAAAUCGUGAGGAAGACAGUUGGGCCUGAUGAUCAAUCCAUCAGCUUCCCAAUGUUGCAUCUUGCCGCCACUCUCUACCACCUAAAACAGAAUGAAGAAGCUGAGCAGCUUGCCCUGGAGGUUUUGCGCAUCCGUGAAAAGGCAUUUGGAAAAGAUUCUCUUCCUGUUGGGGAGGCUCUGGACUGUUUGGUGUCCAUUCAUUCAGAGUGGAUUGGGGAAGGAUGAUGGCGAGUUGUUGGAGGUGCUCAAGAGAAUUCGGAGUAUCCAAGAGAAAGAGUUUGGCCACGAGACUACGAGAGUGAAGAGGUAAUUGAAACCCUGAAAAAAA